AGUUUGAAUCGUUUGAGAAACAACACACGUUUGAAUGUGAGCACACAUUCACAACCAUACCACCGCAUUGGGGUUCAGUCUCAUGCUUCGUUUCGCUCACUUACACACUCAGCGAUGUAACCAGCACUGUUGUUGUCUCGUUCUAAAUACGUUAAAAAUAAAAAAAAACAGUGGCCAUAUUGACUGUGUGUGCGACUGUGUAUUAGAGUGAUUUGUUUGGAUGAUGCGUAUGUUUACAGGCCGAAUAGAGAGAGAGAAAAAUAGCUGGUUCUUUUUUUUUGUGUAUCGGUUAGUGUAUGGUUUUUUUUUCGUGUGUUGUUUCUGUGAAAGAAAAAGAUUCAUCACUGGAGAAAUAAAAUGCAGCAGCACUAGCAGCACGAUACGGAUUUUUACACUGACAUAAAGCCAACCCAGCAAACAUUAAAAUUCAAGCGAAAUGCUUGACGAACAGAAAAAAUAAAACGAAAUAAUGUGAAAAUGUUUUGUUAAAAGUGAAUAAUCGAAGAGAAAAAAACGAAUAUAAAAACAACAACGGCGAAGAAGCGAGAGAAUUCAACAGACGAAUAGUUCUCAAUUGCAAUUAGCGAUUGGGCAUGGAUUUGGAUCUGAAAAGUGCAUCGUCUUUGUUGUUUGUGGCUGGCGUUUGUGUGUGCGAGCGUAUGUUUUUGUGUCAUUUCUUGUUCGGCUCAGUUACAAUAAUAAUCUGAAUGAACCAGCGUAUAGGUUUUUUUUCUGUGUGUUCUGUCUCUUGUGUAUUGUGUUCAAAGUGAAAUAAUCUACUCAAACUUUUUGUGGAGUAUCAAAAAAAAAGGAGUAGCAGUAGCAGCAGUGGCAAAAACUAACGACGGGCUCUCAUCGACAUCGAACCAACCCGCCCAAAAGACCGAAAAACCCAUUCGAACAAAAAGCAAAAACAUUUAAUUAGUCCCCUCGUACAAAAAGAAAAACAACAACAAAGAUGUCGUCAUUAUCCACGAGUGUUGAACAUUUAGCUAGUAAUAACGAUUCACAGACCAACGAUGGAUCAUCAAUGUGUCUGGAGCUUGCUUUGGAAGGUGAACGUCUGUGCAAAUCUGGCGAUUGUAAUGCGGGUGUUGCAUUUUUUCAAGCUGCCAUACAGGCUGGAACCGAUGAUCUUCGAACUUUGAGUGCCAUAUACAGUCAACUGGGGAAUGCAUACUUCUAUUUAAAUGACUAUACAAAAGCGAUGCAUUAUCACAAAUUAGAUCUAACGUUGGCCCGUUCCAUGGAGGAUAAACUGGGUGAAGCUAAAUCAUCUGGCAAUCUUGGAAAUACGCUAAAGGUGAUGGGUCGCUUUGAUGAAGCAGCCAUAUGUUGUGAACGUCAUUUGACGCUAGCGAGACAGUUGGGCGAUCGAUUGUCUGAGGGACGUGCACUUUACAAUUUGGGCAAUGUAUACCAUGCUAAAGGAAAGCACAUGGGCCAAUCAGAUCCUGGAGAUUUUUCGGACGAAGUCAAGGAAUCGCUGAUCAAAGCCGUUGACUUUUAUCAACAGAAUCUAGCUCUGAUGAAAGAACUGGGCGAUCGUGGAGCACAAGGACGUGCUUGUGGUAAUUUAGGAAAUACCUAUUAUUUGCUUGGUGAUUUCGAAGCUGCGAUUCAGCAUCAUCAAGAGCGUUUGAGCAUUGCCAGAGAGUUUGGUGACAAGCCGGCCGAACGACGAGCCAACAGCAAUUUGGGCAAUUCACACAUUUUCCUUGGACAAUUCGAAGAGGCUGCUGAGCAUUACAAACGGACACUAGCACUAGCCAUCGAUUUGGGUGAACGUGCUGUUGAAGCGCAAGCUUGUUACAGUCUUGGUAACACAUACACAUUGCUGCGUGACUUCCCGGUCGCUAUUGAAUACCACCAACGUCAUUUGACGAUUGCACAAGAGCUCGGCGACAAAGUGGGUGAGGCAAGAGCGUGCUGGAGUCUGGGCAAUGCACAUUCAUCGAUUGGAAACCACGAUAAGGCGUUGAGUUUUGCACAACAACAUUAUGGUCUCGCAAAAGACUUGGGCGAUUCAAUUGGAGAAGCCACAGCCAGAAUGAAUGUGUCGGAUUUGCGAAAGGUGCUUGGCAUGCCGGAUCUUCCAUCGGACGACGAAUCAACUGAUAAUAACGAUGUCACAAAUCAAUCGAUGAAAAAUGCAAGCGCAGCUCAGGGCAACAAUACAACACGAGACAGUAGCUCAAGGCAAAUUCGGGUACGGCGUCAAAGCAUGGAACAAUUGGAUUUGAUUAAGUUGACACCGGACGGUAAACGUAACAUCACAAAUCCACACAACAAGGGCGAUGCACAAACAAAUGAGAACAAUGCAAAUAUUCCAGUGGCGCCAGCACCAAAAGCCACCGAAGAAGACUUCUUCGACAUGCUGACACGAACACAAAGCAAACGAAUGGAUGAUCAACGGUGUUCAUUGAAGGUGAUUGGUCAUUCACAGUCCACCACCAGCCGAGAGCCACCCAUUCGAAAGCCCUUGGUGCAACAAAACAGUUUGCCAGCUGUCCCAUCGACGCCACAAUCAACGAAAGAGAAUCGAAAUGCUCUGCUUGAAAUGAUUGCCGAUUUACAGUCGGAACGAAUGGACGAACAACGUGCUCAGUUGCCGACACUACCAGGUCUUGUGCCGUCACCACAAAAUCAGAACACACGACGCAAUCUAUUGAACAAUCAACAAGCAACGCAACGAAAUACAAGCGGUUCGGCAAGUGAACCAGCACCAGACGAUGCAUUCCUCGAUAUGUUGAUGCGAUGCCAAGGCUCACGUCUCGAAGAACAACGAUCGGAAUUGCCCCGCACAAAUGUCACAUUGGAUAUGGAACAAGGUGAACCACCAAAUAAUAAUCGCCGAAAUUGUGUCAACAAUAACACAAACAAUGCCGGCGCAACCGUACCUGAUGAAGACUUUUUCUCGCUGAUUAUGCGAGUGCAGGGCGGCCGGAUGGAAGAUCAACGUGCAGCCGUGCCAUUCAACUUGAACCGAACAAAUAAUAUACGUUCAGCACUGAACGCAGACAAUAACGCGGUCGGAUCAAGAAAAGCAAAAUAGAUUAUUUUUAAGCUUAACAAGAACAAAAAUGUCUUCGCAAAUUUCUAUAAAACUGAUUCUAUUUACUCAAAUAAUAAUCGUCACAAAGCUAAUGCAGUAUACAAUUUCAGAACAAUUUAUUUCCUUUUUUUUAAUUUUUAUUUCAUUCUAAUUCAUUGAAGAUUUUAUUCAAUCGCACUAGAAUUUAUAAUUAAAACAUACAAUCACAUAUAUUUUAGUUCAUUCAAGAAAAAAGAGAAAAAAAAAACGAAACCAUGUAUAAAUAAUAUAUAUGAUGUAAUUGUGUUUGCUGAGUAGAAAACUUGUAAUUUUUUUAAAUAAUUAAAACAAAAUGCCUUCGAAAUGUUAUUGUAAACGAAGGCCGUCAGAUAGAGAGAAUAAAUAUUGAGCAAAAGCGAACAAAUUUUCAUUAAAUUGGUACAAAAUCUAAACUAUAAAGAAUUUUUAUGAAGAAAAAGAACAACAACAAACACACACACACACACAAAAUAAGAUUUAUUUUUAAACACCAACUACAAAGAGAAAUAACAAAUUAUUUAACAAAGAA